AUGAGCUCCACCUACGCCGUCGCCACCAUGCUGCAAAGUCCUGGCUCUCCUCCAGGCAUGACAACCUCCAAGAGCUCCAAGUCGUCGUCCUUUCACUCCCUCACCAGCGACGACGGCAGCGUCCUCGCCGACAUUGGCCACUUUGAGGACAUUGGCCUUGACGAUGACCACGCCGCCACACCCAAGGCUUCGACCCAAAUCGUCACCCGCCGCAUCACCUCGCCCACCUCGAUCAACGUUAACAUCCCACCCCAGUCUGGACGCACCCUCGUCGCCAACAGAAGAGCACCCGCCCCGAAACGCUCUUUUCCUAAUCUUCGAAAUAAUGUAUAUUCUACCAACCCCCGCAGUACCAGCACCGCUGCCCUGACCGACGCCCCCCGUCCCAUGACCCUCAAAAAGGGCCUCUCCACCACUUCGCUGCCCCAGGUACAUCGCCAGCGCAGCAUCAGCCCAGCUCUCUCAAGUCGCUCUCGCGACGCCUUUUACCCUCCUCGCCCCCGUCGGGGCAGCUGGCAAGCCAAUCUUGAUCGCAAGUCCAUUAGCGAUCUCGAGCAAGAGUGUGACGAAGAUGAGGGUGACGACAUUCCCGAGGGCUUGGUCCUCGACAAUGUUCCCAUUUCUCCUCGCCCUCAGCAUGAACGUCCGCCAAGCAGAGCACCGUCUGCCAGCACCUCGCCUGAGAGGACUACAAAGGAGCGAGUUCGCAGUGUCGGUAAUGGCACGCCUGCCGUCGCCCAAGCACAGGGUUCGCUGCGAUCGCCUACCUGGAAGUCGGAUGCAGAGAAUUGUCCGACAAGUCCCAUAAAGACGCGCGCACACAGCUGGAGCAUGGCUCACGCCGAGCUCAAUGCCGAAGCCCGCGCUCUUACAGAGAAACUUGAGGAGCAUGCCGAUGAAUUGGAAGAGAUGCAAUCGCGCCGCCCCUCUGCCACCCGCCCCAACACAUGGGCUUCAUCUCAAACACAAGAAUAUGCAUACGACCGCAAGGAGCGCGGCAAAUCUUCCACCCCCGAGCUUCCGCCCUUGCGCCGAACCGACAACAUGGUCGACCCUCUACCCAUCUCCAAGGAAAAGGAAGCCGUUCUUAGCCGCACCCGUCCAUCAUGGCUGCCCCCCAAAGAUCCCGCAGAAGAACGUCGGCACGUCAAGCAGUAUCAGAGGAUGAUGGCCGCCAGCGCUAAGGCUGACGAGCGCCGCGAAGCUGCCCGAAGAGCCCAGACUACACAUCGCGACAACAAUGCUGAGACGCUCAUGCACCUCUGGGAGGACGACAUCAUCCCGCGCUGGAACGACGCUAUUCGGGAGCGCCGAACCCGCGACAUGUGGUGGCGCGGAAUAGCCCCCCGCAGCCGAGGCGCCGUCUGGUCCAAGGCUAUUGGCAAUGAACUCGGACUGUCCGCUGGCUCCUUUCACGCCGCCCUGGGCCGUGUCCACGCGGUGGAGCGGCGCAUCAAAGAGAACAGGGCGGAAGAGGGCGAUGAAGAAAAGGCCAAGUGGUUUCAAGACAUUCGCCAGGCUGCUUCGGAGAGCACCUGGACCGAGCUUCGAAUUUUUCAGAAGGGAGGCCCUCUACACGCGGCUCUUGUAGAUGUUCUUUGUGCGUACUCCAUGUACCGUGUCGAUAUCGGCUACGCUUCUGGAUGCAAUACGAUUGCCGCGCUUUUACUGCUCAAUCUUCCUGACGCCGGCACUGCAUUUGUCGCGCUUGCCAACAUACUCAACCGACCUCUGCCAUUGUCCUUUCAAACGUCCGACGCGACCGCGCAAGCAUCCGCCUUUAACCUCGUCUUACGCACUCUCAGCCACAAGUCGGUCACGUUGCACAAUCACCUGACGAGCGGCGUUCCCGACCUUACGCCGGAGCUGUACCUCGGCGAUCUCUUCUCGAGCCUCUUCACCAGCCUGCUGGCUAUUGACGAGGCAGCCCGUCUCUGGGAUGUGUACGUGUUUGAGGGAGACUCGCUACUGGUCCGCGCCGCCGUGGCCGUCUUGAUGGAGCGCGAGAUGGCCCUGCUCGGCAGCAAGACGCCAGACGAGGUCUGGGCCGUCAUGGCCAAGGCGUCGAACAACAGCACCGCGCCGCGCGCUGUGGGCGAGGUCGGCGCCGAGUAUAAGUUCAUACAGGCGGUCCGCAACGCGGGCAAAGCGUGA